AGCAGCUUUGGACCCCUCUGCCAUGGAUGGUGGGGAAGAGCGCGCAAGCAAGCGUUUGAGACAGGAAACCAACGAGCAAAAACCCGUUGAUGGCGUAACUGACUUCAAGAAAGGGCAGCGAGAUUUCACACCGAAGUCUGAUACUGGCACUGCCAUUUGUGCCGACUUCACAAGCAAGGAAAAAGAGUACACCAAUGGAGUCAUUGCUCCGAAUCGAUGGAGAAGCCACCAAGGCCAACUCACUGGAGAGGUGGUGCGAAUUCCAGAUGUGGACUCUGGCUAUCCAAAAAGUGUCUACCCUACGGAAUGGGAGGAUGGCCAAGUUUUGCCCAAGUCUGUCGACAGCUUUGAGAUCGGCAACGGCUUCCCGGACCAGAACGAGUUCAAGAUGAAGUUUGGAGUGAUCAUACCAUCAACUAAUACCACUGUGGAGUACGACUUUUGGAACAUGGUUAUGUCCAACCGAGAAGUUUGCAAGGGGAUUGGUUUUCACACCUCCGGCAUCCUCAUCGACAGCCCAAAGUUGGCAACAGACGAAGACAUGUUGAAUUUCCUGACAAUGUUCCGGAAGCAGCUCUUCACAACAGUAGACCGCCUGAUGACUGCAGAGCCACAGUAUAUCAUAAUGGGUAUGUCCUUAGAGACCUUUUUCGGCGGAUGGGAAGGUAACAAGGAACUCAAGGGCGAGCUCUCCCAGCGAACUGGGUUGAACGUUGCAACUGGCGCUGAAGCCUGCAAGGCGUCGCUGAGCAAGUUUGGUGCCAAACGCAUCACAGUUCUGACGCCAUACCAAGAAAUAGGAGAUCGCAAUGUCGUGAAAUUCUUCUCGGAGAUUGGAUUUGAAGUUGUGCGAAUAGCAGGUCUGAAGUGUGGUUCUGCAACCGACAUCGCUCACGUGCCAGAAGCUUGGUGUGAGAAAGUGAUCCGUGAGAACCUAGUCAUUCCUGGAAUCGAUGCCAUUGUCCAGUGCGGUACCAAUCUGUCCAUGGUGCCGCUGGCAGAGAGGCUGGAGAAAGAGUUGGACAUUCCUAUCAUUGCUAUCAACGUGGCUUGCUUAUGGUUUGCCAUGCGAGAGGUUGGCAUUGAUUUGAAACUGAGCGGCUGCACGCGCCUUUUUCGAGAGCACUGAUGGCUCCAGAUGGCUCUGGUUGUUUCGAUCCCAUACCGCAGGAUCCCGAUUUUCAGCGUGCUUAAAA